CAGAUCUGGCAGAUAGCUGAUAUGAGGAAUUUGCUGACUUCAGAAAGCUGAGUGUAACACCAACAGACUUCAGUGAAAGGAAAUAUUCUCCCUCCAAGCAACUUGUACACAGGCGACUUUUGGUAGCUUUAAAUUAACCUGUUGCUCACCGGCAAAGACGGCUAUUGUUUCUUUCAGCACACAUGGAGGAAGGCAAAAAACUUUGUAACCCUGGCUAAUAAGACUGUGGCUUUCUUAUCAGAAGUAGGAGGUAGGCCAAUUAUAAAAGGAUUAUUUUAUACUUAGCCUGCAGGACUUUAACUCUGGCCUGAACACUGGACAUAAAUAGAAGCUAAUUUUAAUAACCUGAGAUUUUGCUACCUGUGCUUUAUUAUUGUUAUUAGUUCUUAACACUUUGGUACUUUAUUUCUUUAAAUUAGAAAUGGGUUUGUGGACUAGAAUGUGGCCCACAGAUUGGGCUGUUCUCAUGAAAUCAUGGCUUAUCUUUUCCCUGGGGCUCUACAUGCAGGUCUCCAAAACUUUGGCGUGUCCAAAAGUAUGCCGCUGUGACCGAAACUUUGUCUACUGUAAUGAGCGAAGCUUGACCUCAGUGCCUCUUGGGAUACCGGAGGGUGUAACCGUCCUCUACCUCCAUAAUAACCAAAUUAAUAAUGCUGGAUUUCCUGCAGAGUUGCACAAUGUCCAGUCUGUGCACACAGUCUACCUGUAUGGCAACCAAUUAGAUGAAUUCCCCAUGAACCUGCCCAAGAAUGUCAGGGUUCUCCACCUGCAGGAAAACAACAUUCAGACAAUUUCUCGGGCUGCCCUUGCUCAGCUUUUGAAGCUGGAAGAGCUGCACCUGGAUGACAACUCCAUCUCCACUGUUGGCGUUGAGGAUGGGGCAUUCCGGGAAGCCAUCAGCCUCAAGCUUCUGUUCUUGUCCAAGAAUCACUUAAGCAGCGUACCAGUAGGCCUUCCGGUGGACUUACAAGAACUUCGAGUAGAUGAAAACCGAAUUGCUGUCAUUUCAGACCUGGCCUUCCAGAAUCUUACAAGUCUGGAGCGUCUGAUUGUGGAUGGCAAUCUCCUUACUAAUAAAGGCAUAGCUGAAGGCACCUUCAGCCACCUCUCCAAGCUCAAGGAAUUCUCUAUAGUGCGGAAUUCACUGACCUACCCUCCUCCCGAUCUUCCAGGUACACAUCUGCUAAGGCUCUACUUGCAGGACAACCAGAUAACCCAUAUACCGCUUACAGCCUUUUCAAACCUCCACAAGCUGGAACGUCUUGAUAUUUCCAACAAUCAACUUCGGAUGUUGGUAAAGGGGGUAUUUGAUAAUCUCCACAACCUGAGGCAACUCACUGUAAGGAAUAAUCCCUGGUUGUGUGACUGCAGUAUUAAGUGGGUCACUGAAUGGCUCAAAUUCAUUCCCGCUUCCAUCAAUGUACGGGGUUUUAUGUGCCAGGGACCAGAGCAGGUCCGAGGUAUGGCAGUCAGGGAGCUCAAUAUGAAUAUGUUGUCAUGCCCCACCACCACCCCAGGUCUGCCACUUAUCAUCACCCCAGUCCCAGCUACAGCCAUGCCAACUACGUUAGUUCCCACCUCAUCAGUUCCUCCCCCAAGUAGCAAAUAUAAUCCUCUCACUCCCACCAUAGCCACACUCCCCACUGUGCCUGACAGGGAGGACAGAGAAAGGGUGACACCUCCGAUAUCUGAACGGAUUCAACUCUCCAUCCAUUUUGUGAAUGACACUUGCAUCCAAGUUAAAUGGAUGUCUCUUUUUACCGUGAUGGCAUAUAAACUCACAUGGGUUAAAAUGGGCCAUAGUCUGGUAGGAGGAAUUGUUCAGGAGCGAAUAGUUAGUGGUGAGAAGCAACACUUAAGCUUGGUGAAUCUGGAGCCCAAAUCCACCUAUCGGAUUUGUUUGGUUCCACUGGAUACUCAUAACAAUUACCGAACCGGAGAAGACACUGUCUGUUCAGAAGCCACAACCAAGGCUUCCUUUUUGAGCAAUGGCAGCAACAUCCCCUCCAGCCAUGAGCAGACGACUUCUCAGAACCUGGGCUCCCCAUUUCUGCUGGCAGGGUUGAUUGGGGGUGCAGUGAUAUUUGUCCUUGUGGUCCUGCUCAGCAUUUUUUGCUGGCACAUGCACAAAAAAGGGCGUUACACCUCCCAGAAGUGGAAAUAUAACCGGGGCCGUCGGAAAGAUGACUACUGUGAGGCAGGGACCAAGAAGGACAACUCCAUCCUGGAGAUGACGGAAACCAGCUUCCAGAUUGUCUCCUUAAAUAAUGAUCAGCUCCUUAAAGGAGAUUUCAGACUGCAGCCCAUUUAUACCCCAAACGGGGGCAUUAACUACACAGACUGCCACAUCCCCAACAACAUGCGAUACUGCAACAGCAAUGUCUCAGACCUGGAGCACUGUCAUACGUGAUAGUAAGGGGAGAUGGGGGUGUCUAGGACAAAGAGAAAAAACUCUGGAAAAAGUAACCCCCCAACAACAAUGAAAAAAUUACAUUUGAUAAAUGUUACCCAGAUGCAUUAAUGCAUUUGAAUACUCUGUAAUUUAUACGGUGUACUAUAUAAUGGGAUUUAAAAAAAGUGCUAUCUUUUCUAUUUCAAGUUAAUUGCAAAUGGUUUUGUAACUCUUUGCUUUUUAAAUCUUUAAAAAAUAUUGCUAAGUACUGUACAGGGUUGUACAAUAAGAACCCAAUGUCAUGGCAAAGGAAAGAAUGACACAUUCUUCAAACAUUAACCACUUUGCUGUCGAAGCUGUCUGAGGGAUGUUAAGUUUCUAGUUGUCCUGCAGUACGGGAAAAUAAGUGCAUAUUAAAACAGGGUCACUAGGAAUGGGCAAAAGCAAUUCAGAUAAAAUGGAUACAACUCUUCUGACUUGAACCCAGCAGUUGCAGUUGAGCUUCAAACAGUUGGAAAUACUUCUGCCCCCCUUUGUCAGUUCUGCAUUUCCUACCUCCAACUGAAAGCUGGAGUUCUGAAUGCUACCAAAAAGCACUCAGUUUGAUUAGUUUUCUCCCAGUAUACUGAAUAGGAAAGUUAGAGCUCAGUGUCAAGCUCAAGGUGACCUUGAUUCCUAUUUACAAAAGCUGCUCUGAAAGUG